AUGGAACCAUCCUGGGAUUGCGUUCAGUCUGAGACAUCUUCCAAACAUGUGUUUGCCUCGCCAACGCGCACACUCUUGAAAGAAGAGCAAAACGCCGAAACCGUCGAGCCAAGUCUCGUCCAGCCCGCUUGGCGAACUGAUUUCCCGAUUGCGAGAACAUGUAUGAAGAAACGCCGAGACGAGCUUGACGAAUGGUUGGCAUUAACAGAAGCACGUUAUAGACUUGAAGCGACGAUGUGGUCACGCUGCUGCUUGCGCUCAGUCCAAUAUGAACACGACGUGACAUUCGAGGUUGAGCACGUGGUCGACUUCGAUCAGGCAGAGUUGAAGCAGAAUAUGCCGGUCCUGCAGUAUAACAAGUCACCAAGCUACAACGCCUUUCCUCCCCACACUUCCAGCCCGUCUUCCACGACCAUGAAGCUCGCUCUCGUCACCGUUGUCCUUGCUGGCUUUGCCGCCGCGGCCCCUGCAGCUCCCGCGCAGGAGAGGGAUGUUCAGGUCAUGGAGAAGCGUCAAUGGGGGGCUAUUAUUGCAGCUCUGGCCCCCAAGGUCGUCAGCGGUCUUGUAGGAGGCACAGUUGCUCAGACCAUCAUCAACACUUUUGGAAAGAGAAGCGCCGCAGCCUGGGCCGCCCGUGGAGAUGUUGCUCAAUACAUCGUUGACGGCAUGAAGGAGCUCGACCCUGCCCCUGAGGAGGCCGCUGUCUGCGCUUUGCACGGUGGCUUCGAACUCGACGAUGAAUCCCACCAACGUGAGCUUUCCACGGUGGAGCUAUCUGAUGGUGCCAAGAAGCAAGACUACGACUGCUUCUUCCUCGGCGGCCCAGCAAAUCUCACCCUGACCGUUGACAACCUGCCCAUCAACAUCGCCAUCCAAGCAGGUCCUUGCAGCUUCGAGAACGGCGUUCUGACAUGCUCCUGA